AUGCUCUUUCUUCAACAGCUCACCGUAGUCACCUUGGCUAUUGGCUCCGCAGUUGCCCAGACCAAGACCGGAAAGACGACCAGGUACUGGGACUGCUGUAAGCCAUCAUGCGGAUGGUCUGGCAAGGCUUCUGUGACCGCGCCUGUCAGGAGCUGUGACAAGAGCGACAACCCUCUCGCUGAUAUGGCAGCCAAGAACGGAUGUGAGAGCGGUGGCUCUGCCUUCAUGUGCACCGACCAGUCGCCCUGGGCUGUCAACGACAAUCUCGCCUACGGCUUCGCUGCUGUCAAGCUCUCAGGUGGAACCGAAUCCUCCUGGUGCUGCGCUUGUUACGAGUUGACCUUCACAUCUGGCCCCGUCAACGGCAAGAAGAUGAUUGUACAGGCGACCAACACUGGUGGCGACCUCGGUGAUAAUCACUUCGACCUGCAGAUGCCAGGAGGUGGUGUUGGACUCUUCAACGGAUGCACCGCUGAAUUCGGAGCUCCUUCGCAGGGCUGGGGCGCUCAGUACGGAGGUAUCUCAUCGCGUUCGCAGUGUGAUUCCUUCCCUCAGAAGCUGAAGGCUGGAUGCUACUGGAGGUUCGACUGGUUCAAGAGCGCAGACAACCCAGGUGUCUCUUUCAAGGCGGUCACGUGCCCGUCAGCUCUGACUGACAAGACUGGCUGCAAGAGGAAGUAA